GUCUUCUUCCACCCAUUCCUUCUUCUUCUUCAUCGUUCUCCUCUCCUCCUGCAACUUCUUCACACCGUCUUUACUUCUUCUUCGGUUUUUGCACUUGUGUGAUUCAUGAGUUAAGUCACAGGGGGAAUAAAAAAAAGCAUGUUCGACUGUGUAAAAAAAUCAGUGAAAUCACAAGUAAUCAGUGGCCAACGCGAGAAGUUCGUAAGUUUCUUUCAGGUUAGAUAGUAUGGAUUCUAGAUACUCUCAAGGCUCUGAAGCAGGCCUAAACAGAUGCACACUCAAUCUCCAAGGACCACCACGUCCUCAGAUUCAAGGCAACAAUGCAACAUCUGGUUCAUUCAAGAAAGGUUUUAGGAGAGGCUCCAAAGGUCUUUGGUCACUAGGAAGAUCAAUAGGUCUCGGAGUUUCACGAGCAGUGUUUCCAGAAGAUCUCAAAGUAUCAGAAAAGAAAAUAUUCGAUCCUCAAGACAAGUUUCUUUUGCUAUGCAACAAGCUGUUUGUUACUUCUUGUAUUCUUGCUGUGUCAGUGGAUCCGCUCUUCUUGUAUCUUCCGUUUAUUAAUGAUAGUGGCAAGUGUAUUGGUAUUGACCGGAGAUUGGCUACAAUAGCAACGACGUUGAGGACUGUUGUGGAUGUGUUUUAUCUUUUUCGGAUGGCUCUGCAGUUUAGGACAGCUUUUGUGGCUCCUUCUUCUAGGGUUUUUGGGAGAGGGGAGCUUGUGAUUGAUCCUGCUCAGAUAGCUAAGCGUUAUUUGCAGCAGUAUUUCAUCAUUGACUUUCUUUCUGUGCUUCCACUUCCACAGAUUGUAGUGUGGAGGUUUCUUUACUCCUCUACAGGUGGGAGUGUGUUGGCAACAAAGCAAGCGUUACGGUCUAUCAUAUUAGUUCAGUAUAUACCGCGGUUUAUUCGGAUAUAUCCCUUAAGUUCAGAGCUAAAGAGAACAGCUGGUGUGUUUGCUGAGACAGCUUGGGCUGGUGCUGCUUAUUACUUACUACUCUACAUGCUUGCUAGUCAUAUUGUUGGGGCUUUAUGGUACUUACUGGCUUUAGAACGUGUCAAUGGUUGCUGGAAGAAAGCUUGUCUUGAUGGAGGGAACUGUACUAGAAACUUCCUGUUUUGCGGUAAUGAAAACAUGGAAGGUUAUGCUGCUUGGAACACUAUCAAAGAAUCAGUUCUUCAGACAAGUUGUCCUGUAAAUGUGACUGAUGGUGACAAUCCUCCUUUUGAUUUUGGAAUCUACUUAAGAGCACUGUCCUCUGGCAUUGUCUCAUCUGAGAGCUUUGUUGCUAAAUACUUCUUCUGUUUAUGGUGGGGACUUCAGAAUCUGAGUACUCUUGGACAAGGGCUUGAAACAAGUACAUACCCUGGAGAGAUUAUAUUCUCCAUAGCACUAGCUGUUGCUGGGCUUCUACUCUUUGCUCUACUCAUUGGGAACAUGCAGACUUAUCUCCAGUCUCUUACAAUCCGCCUUGAGGAAAUGAGAGUGAAGAGACGUGACUCAGAGCAGUGGAUGCAUCAUCGGAUGCUUCCACCUGACCUGAGAGAACGUGUCAGACGUUAUGACCAGUACAAGUGGUUGGAGACACGUGGAGUUGAUGAAGAGAAUUUAGUUCAGAACCUCCCAAAGGAUCUGAGAAGAGACAUCAAACGUCAUCUCUGUCUAGCUUUGGUUAGAAGGGUUCCUUUGUUUGAGAAUAUGGAAGAGAGGCUGCUUGAUGCAAUAUGUGAGAGGUUGAAGCCGUGUCUAUACACUGAGAACUCUUACUUGGUCCGUGAAGGUGACCCGGUUAACGAAAUGCUCUUCAUUAUCCGUGGCCGGCUCGAGAGUGUGACUACAGAUGGUGGGAGAAGUGGUUUCUUUAACCGUAGUUUGCUCAAAGAAGGAGACUUCUGUGGAGAAGAGCUUUUAACAUGGGCGCUUGAUCCCAAGUCUGGCUCCAACCUACCUUCCUCCACAAGAACAGCAAAGGCGUUAACCGAAGUAGAAGCGUUUGCUUUGAUAGCUGAUGAGCUUAAGUUCGUGGCUAGUCAGUUUAGGAGACUGCACAGCAGGCAAGUUCAGCAUACUUUUAGAUUCUACUCACAGCAGUGGAGGACUUGGGCUGCUAUUUUUAUACAAGCUGCGUGGAGACGGUAUGUGAAGAAGAAGAAACUUGAGCAACUUAAGAAGGAGGAAGAAGAGGAAGAGGAGGAAGGAGAAGGGCAUGUUGCUAGCAUUAGAGCUACGUUCUUGGCGUCAAAGUUUGCAGCGAAUGCACUUCGUAAAGUUCAUCAGAACCGUAUUGCAGCAAAGUCUAGUACUAAAGAGCUUGUGAAGUUUCAGAAGCCUUCUGAACCUGAUUUCUCUGCUGAUGAUGCUUAAAAAAGACAAAGAUGCUGACUAUAUUUUUACAUAACUACAUAUGUCUCUCUAUGAAUGCUUUUGACUCAGAUUGGAAUUUAUUUAUUUUGUUACCUUUCGUUUGAGUUUUAUUCCAACACUAAGAUUAGACAAAUUGUGGUGGUAGUAUAAAUGGUUAUUUGUGAUUGUUUUGUAAGUUGAAGACAUAUAUGAAGGAGAUUUCAUGUACAUCAA